UCUCUGGGUAACGCAGGCUCGUCCCGGAGAGGCAGUUUCCCAGUCUCGCUGCUGCCAUGGCCUCGGUUCCUUCAGCCGGCUGCCUCUUGGCCAAGAACCAGUACUACAGAACCAGGCAGAACUCGGAGUCCAGUGUUUCUUCCAGCUCCUCCUGGUGUUCAGAUGCUGUGAAUGUUGCUGACCAGGACAAAGCAUUUCAUGGGUUACCUGAGUUAAUUGAUAGAAGUUGGUGGAUAAAAAGCUUUUUCCAGAAUGAAACAUCUCCACCAACUGUUGGCAGAAAAACACUGUCAGCAGGCAGUACCAACAGCUGAAUAGGACAGCAUGUUGGCUUCACUGACUGAGAUGCUACAUACAGACUUGUUUUUCCAAGAGGCCUGGGAUCUUCCUAAUGUCUGUGUUCAGCUGCAAGAAGAAAACAAAACCUUUGGGAGAGUGGAGAAGUGUAUCUUCAAAAGAUUUAUCAUUGCUUAAAUGUCAUUGCUUAAUGGACAUGUCCAUGGCUUACAUUGUUCAUUACAGAGUUCCUAUAAUUUGAGAUGUCUCUCUAAUGGAAGUUACCGGUAUUAAAUAUCCUGAUGAAUUGGAGUUAGAGCAAAAUGGCAGGAAGAUGUUGUAAGUUUAGGAGAAGCAUGUAUAUUGAAUGACUUUACAAUAGGUGAUACCCGUCAGUUUUACCUUUAAGAUAUCAGGCUUAUACGCUGAUAGUCACACGGAUGUAAACAAAAUUCAGGUAUGUAGUCCAGAGUAGGAGACUGCUAUAUGGUACAUGUUUUCUAUCAAGUAUUUGCAUACCAGGUACAGGGAGUAAGUGUACAAGUAUGUUUGUUAAUAGCUUUGCUUUUUAGAAAGCCCAGUUACAUGAAGAAAUGGUUAUUAGUUUCAUCUCUUUCUUUGAGCAGGGUGCAUAGAUCCCAAACUCAAAUACCCAGGUACAACUUUCAUUCGUACCUGUGCAUGUUGGUAUUUGAGGACAGAAUAGGAGAGGGAGAGAGAGAAGAAACCAGUAAUCCUAAUGGACACUGACAUCCUCCAAGCAGAAGAGCAACCUUAAUCAGAGCUGAUACUUCUAAUGUUGUUUUAGAUUAUCCUUACCAGCUCUGCUGUAGCUUUAAAGUGCUACUUGUUCUCCAGUGACUGUUAAUAUUCACUGCUGCCUGUCAGCUUUCUGUGCUAGAUCUGGCAAAGUAUUCAACUCAAAGUAAUAACAUUAGUGUUAUUAACCAAGUCUACCUUUGUCAUGAUUCAUGCUCUUGAAAGAUACAGUAACAUAGUUUCAUUUACUCUUCAGUAUUGCAAAGCAGUACAUCAGAUUGUUUAUUCUACCAGGAAAGACUGAAGUACAUGAGAGGUCAUAGAAAAUAACAGGCUUUUGGCUGGAUGAUAUUAUUUCUGUAAAUAAUCUAUGCAACUUUUUGAUGUACUAUCCCUAAACCUGCCUGACUUUUGUCCAUCACUGGAUGAAUUAACAAUAGCAAACAUUAAUGUAGCCAACCUGUUUCUUUGUAGGUUAAUGAUUGUCAUGGUUAUGCAUAACUUAAGUGUCUCAAGUGACUGCUUUGGGGAGCUUACAGUUUUGAUGGAGACAAUAAAUGUAUGACACAUGACAACAGAAAACAGCAUGAUUCUGAAAAACAGCUUCAGGAAUCUUUAAAUUGACUUGUUAUGUAUCUUUGUGACUGUUGUGUAGUUUCAUCUUUAAGUGUACAGAAGGAGCUAUUUUUUUAUACUGAGAUUUUUUUUUAUUAAUAAAGAUUUAAUCAAU